AUGGAUAAUCAAGAAAAUAAACAAAAUGAUGAUGAUAAGAAAAGUAAAGAUAAAGACAAGCAAGAAGAAUCCGAAACCAAGGUUAAUAAUAAUCCACCCGAAAAUAUAAAUGAUGGAGACAAUAAAAAUGAAAGUUUUACUGCGCCAUAUAACAAAACUUCAAAAAAUGGUCCUAACAAUGAGAAUAAUAAUGAAGAUAAUAUUGAUAACAGUAGCGAUACCUCUUCAACUGAGAAAAAUGAUGAAUCAUCGGCUGAAAAUCCUAAAAAGCCAAAAUUUCAACAACCUCAAGAAAUUGUUUCGGAAACUAACAAUGAAGAUAAUAAUAUUGAUAACAGUAGAGAUACUUCUUCAACUGA